GUUCAAACCUCUAUCCCCAUGCAAGAUGAUGAUUAAAUAAAACAAGGAAGAUAUAGCUAGAUAUCACUUACAUUCUCUGACAUUUGUAUAUGUUAAUUAGUGAGAGACAUGAACGUUGCUGCCUUGCUCAAGAUCAAGGUUCUUUCAUGGAGCCAAGAAACUGGGUUUCCUGUGGGCAUUCGUGUUCGGAUUGCCGACAGAAGCUUCAACCUGCACAAGGUCCCACUGAGACGCAAGAGCAGGUAUUUGAGGGAGAAGCUGAAAGACGAGGAGACAAAGGAAGUGGAGCUGCCUCCGGAUUUCCCGGGCGGAGCGGAGGCCUUCGAGAUGGCGGCGCUCUUGAUGUACGGCUACGGCGCAUUAGUAGAAACGGCCAACGUGGCGGCUCUGAGAUGCGCGGCGGAGUUUUUGGAGAUGCCGAUCCACUGCCAAGGGCUGGACAUGUAUCUCAAUCAGGUGGUCCUGCAGAGCUGGAAGGAGACUGUGACGGUGCUGCAGAGCUGCCGAGGGACGUUGCUCCCCUGGGCAGAAGACGUGCUCCUCGUCACCCGCUGCAUCGAGACUCUCGCCUUCAUGGCGUGCAUGGAGAUUCUCGACCCCGAGAGGAGGCCGGGGCAGGCGCUGCAGCUGCAGCUGCAGGCGUGUUGGCCGUGGAGCGAUGCCGUGGUGGGAGACGUGAUGAGCAGAGAUGUGUGGAUGCGGGACGUGGUCGCCCUGCCCGUCGCCUUCUUCAAGAGGGUCAUUGCAUCUCUGAGGCGGCAGGGGAUGAAGGAGAAGUAUGUGAGCACCAUCAUACUCUUGUACGCCCACAGAUAUUCAUCAUCAUCAUCAGCUCUUGCUGACUUGCUGCCGGAGAGGGGCAGCAGAGUGAUCCCCGUGGGGUUCUACUUGUCGUUGCUGGCCGCCUCCGGGGGUCUGAGGAACGAGAGCGUGGAGAAGAAGAUUGCAUCGAUGCUUCAUCUGGCUCAGCCGAGGGAUCUGGCUGGCAUCGAGUUGUCAGUGGUGGAGAGGAUAUUCAUGGACUCGGACACCAGCUCUCCUGCCGUUGCGCAGUUAUGGGACUGCUACCUAACUCAGAUAGCUGCUGAUCCUCACUUGCCCUGCACCACAUUCAUAGCUCUCAUCCAAACAGUUAUUCCCCAUUCCAGCAGGCACACACACGAUUACCUCUACGCGGCGCUCAACGUCUUCUUCCACUCCCACCCCAGCUUGUCGCAGGACGAGAAAGCCUCGCUCUGCAAAUAUCUCGACUGCCACAAACUGUCCCUGCCGGUCUGCAUUGAAGCCAUCAGAAAUGAGGUGAUGCCGCUGCGGCUCAUGGUGCAGGCUCUCUUCGUGCAGCACUUGCACACGAACGACCACGACUACGACUACGAGUCCACCAGCUUCAGAAUUGAGAAUCUUGAGAAAGAGCUCAUGUCCCUCAAGAGGACCCUCCACCUGCAACAAAGGAUAAAUCAUCACAAGUCAGUUCCAGCCAGCUGCAUACCAAGUCUCAGUUUUGCUUCGCACAGAAAAUACGCAAAUAGAAUACUCCGGCGGCUCACCCUGUUUGGCGGAGGAAGAUCAAAGAGAAACACACCUGCUUCUACUUAGUAAUCUACCAAGCCACUCUAAAAUCUUUAUGUAUCUACUUUUAUAUAAUGACAAUGAAAAACCAAACAUAUUUUUAUAUAUAUGAAAAUCAGUGCUCAAGGCAGCCAUAACUUUGCAUUAUAACAA